AUGAGACGGUGUUUGAGGACUGACGGAACACAGCCGGAGCACUUUGCCACUGACGGAACACUCCCGGAGCACUCUGCCACUGACGGAACACUCCCGGAGCACUCUGCCACUGACGGAACACUCCCGGAGCACUCUGCCACUGACGGAACACUCCCGGAGCACUCUGCCACUGACGGAACACUCCCGGAGCACUCUGCCACUGACGGAACACAGCUGGAGCACUCUGCCACUGACGGAACACAGCCGGAGCACUCUGCCACUGACGGAACACAGCUGGAGCACUCUGCCACUGACGGAACACAGCCGGAGCACUCUGCCACUGACGGAACACAGCUGGAGCACUCUGCCACUGACGGAACACAGCUGGAGCACUCUGCCACUGACGGAACACAGCUGGAGCACUCUGCCACUGACGGAACACAGCUGGAGCACUCUGCCACUGACGGAACACAGCUGGAGCACUCUGCCACUGACGGAACACAGCUGGAGCACUCUCUGGAGCACUCUGCCACUGACGGAACACAGCUGGAGCACUCUGCCACUGACGGAACACAGCUGGAGCACUCUGCCACUGACGGAACACAGCUGGAGCACUCUGCCACUGACGGAACACAGCUGGAGCACUCUGCCACUGACGGAACACAGCCGGAGCACUCUGCCACUGACGGAACACAGCUGGAGCACUCUGCCACUGACGGAACACAGCUGGAGCACUCUGCCACUGACGGAACACAGCCGGAGCACUCUGCCACUGACGGAACACAGCCGGAGCACUCUGCCACUGACGGAACACAGCUGGAGCACUCUGCCACUGACGGAACACUCCCGGAGCACUCUGCCACUGACGGAACACUCCCGGAGCACUCUGCCACUGACGGAACACUCCCGGAGCACUCUGCCACUGACGGAACACUCCCGGAGCACUCUGCCACUGACGGAACACUCCCGGAGCACUCUGCCACUGACGGAACACAGCUGGAGCACUCUGCCACUGACGGAACACAGCCGGAGCACUCUGCCACUGACGGAACACAGCUGGAGCACUCUGCCACUGACGGAACACAGCCGGAGCACUCUGCCACUGACGGAACACAGCUGGAGCACUCUGCCACUGACGGAACACUCCCGGAGCACUCUGCCACUGACGGAACACAGCUGGAGCACUCUGCCACUGACGGAACACAGCUGGAGCACUCUGCCACUGACGGAACACUCCCGGAGCACUCUGCCACUGACGGAACACAGCUGGAGCACUCUGCCACUGACGGAACACAGCCGGAGCACUCUGCCACUGACGGAACACAGCUGGAGCACUCUGCCACUGACGGAACACUCCCGGAGCACUCUGCCACUGACGGAACACAGCUGGAGCACUCUGCCACUGACGGAACACUCCCGGAGCACUCUGCCACUGACGGAACACUCCCGGAGCACUCUGCCACUAACGGAACACAGCUGGAGCACUCUGACACUGACGGAACACAGCUGGAGCACUCUGCCACUGACGGAACACUCCCGGAGCACUCUGCCACUAACGGAACACAGCUGGAGCACUCUGCCACUGACGGAACACUCCCGGAGCACUCUGCCACUGACGGAACACUCCCGGAGCACUCUGCCACUGACGGAACACAGCUGGAGCACUCUGCCACUGACGGAACACAGCUGGAGCACUCUGCCACUGACGGAACACUCCCGGAGCACUCUGCCACUGACGGAACACUCCCGGAGCACUCUGCCACUGACGGAACACUCCCGGAGCACUCUGCCACUGACGGAACACAGCUGGAGCACUCUGCCACUGACGGAACACUCCCGGAACACUCUGCCACUGACGGAACACAGCUGGAGCACUCUGCCACUGACGGAACACAGCUGGAGCACUCUGCCACUGACGGAACACAGCUGGAGCACUCUGCCACUGACGGAACACUCCCGGAACACUCUGCCACUGACGGAACACAGCUGGAGCACUCUGCCACUGACGGAACACAGCUGGAACACUCUGCCACUGACGGAACACAGCUGGAGCACUCUGCCACUGACGGAACACAGCUGGAGCACUCUGCCACUGACGGAAUAAAUUACUCCACCAAAACAUACACUUGUUAA